CUGAUCACAAUCUCUUGCCUACAAAACACCGUAAAAGCCAGCUUUUUUUUCCACUAUUCUCUCGUUUAACCUUCACAGUUUGUUUCACUGUCCCAAUAGAUUCUCUUCCUCUCCUCUCUCUCUCUCUCUCUCCCCCCCCCCCCCCAAAUAAGAAUAAACCCCCUCUUCACUCUCUCCUUAACAUCCACAAGCAUACACUUGAAGAAGAUACUCUAACUUAAGGCACUUUUGUUUUGUCUCAAAAUGACGUCAAGUUCCGGGGAUCAAAACAGGCGUUUAACCAAGGCUCAUGGAGCCCCACCACCGGAACAAGAGCAACUGCUUUGUCCACGCUGUGACUCCACCAACACUAAGUUUUGCUACUACAACAACUAUAACUUUUCUCAGCCUCGCUAUUUCUGUAAGUCCUGUCGCCGUUACUGGACUCAUGGUGGCACCCUUAGGGACAUUCCUGUCGGCGGUGGUACCAGGAAAAAUGCUAAGCGUUCACGCAGGAACAGCAACAGCACCACAACCACCCAUGGCACAGCUUUUUCCGCAACCAAUUCUGCCACAACCACCACCGCCCCUAAUCAUCGUAACUUCCCAUUACCUACCACCCCCGUUUUGUUGCCAAUCUCUGCUAAUCAGGGAAGUUUUGGUAUUGGUGGAGAGUCCAAGGGAAAUAUUUUUGGAAGUUUUACUUCAUUGUUGAAUACUCAGGGGUCUGGUUUUCUUGCUCUUGGUGGGUUUGGGCUUGGUAUUGCUCCAACGCUCGAGGAUGUUGGAUUUGGGCUUGGAAGAGGAAUGUGGCCUUUUCCGGGCGUAGGAGAUGGAGCUGCUGCUGCUGCUAUUGGUGGGCGUGGCAAUGUUGGGGCUGCCACGGAAAUAGGGAAUAUAUGGCAGUUUGAAGGUGCAGAGCCUAGUUCUGUUGGCGGAGAUUGCUUUUCCUGGCCUGAUCAUGCUAUUUCAACCCCUGGAAAUGGUGCCAAUUGAAUCUUCUUCUUUUCUUAAUGUUUCUAGUACAAGGUGAAUAUAGGGAGUGCCGAGAGUAAACAAUUAGCCACAUGAAAGUACAAAUAGGACUAUGACUUCUCUUUAUUGUUCUUUGGUGACUUAAUGCCAUGGGAUUUGGUUUACUUUGUCUGCCAUUUUCAUGCAAGGACAUAGCUUAAAUCAAAAUGAUUAGUCUGUGUGUAGUUUUUGAUGUUGA